AUAUACUUCUGGAAUAAGCAAAGGAGACUGGGUCGAGAGGGUGAAUCAAAAUGGCGGCUGGCAAUGACGAGGAAAGCUCAGAGAUUCUGUCUUCCCUCGUGGACACGUUGCAACUUUGUGGCAGUAAAGUCAAAGAGGGAAGUUUGCGUCAAGUAUUGGAAGACCUAGAAACACAUUUCUCACUCCAAGAUUUCUGGCUUAAAUUUGGAAUGACAUUUAGGGCUGUGUCAAAAGAAGCCACCAAGCUCGCAGCCAUGUAUUCCAAGCCACCAAUCCCAAACCCUGAGGAGUUACAGGGAGUUCUUACUGGUUUUGAAACCUCCAUCAUUGCAAUGCUUACUGUGUUUCUCUCUCUACCAGCUUCACAAGGAAAGGCCCUUCACAAGAGAAUCCAGACAACUGUCAGUGCUAUUGUAGAAGGUUCCAAAAUCCUGGUCCAAUCUUUGAUGAAGCAUAAUGACAACAGCAAUCAAGCCAUUAACCAGUCAGCAGGUGCUUUAUGGGAGCGCUGUGAUUCCUUCCAUUCAUUUCCGCUUGAUAAUAAGUAUGCAGUGCUUGACGUUUUUAAAAUGGUUUCUGAACUUGUCAAAGAUGCUCUUUCAGAAGUAGAACAGGCCCAAACUAAUAAUGGAAGGGAAAAUACCAAUUCCCCAAGCCAGACAGAUGGCACUAAUGAGCAAGGGUGGUCCUCCCAUGAUGCCCAGCUAGUCGCACCUUGCGUAGGGGUAGUCAAGGCUUGCCGGUCCUGCUUGAAGAAAGUGUCUGGCGCUAUACGUACUUAUGGAAAGGCCACAUCUCAUCAGCUCGUUCAAGAGCUUGACAGUAUGGAGGAGAUUCUACAAAAGAUCAGCCCAAGUGUUGAUGACCUAGUUAGUAGUUUGUACGCGCCGAUGAAUCAUACAACAGUUGCAAACAAGGCUAGAGAUCUCGGCAGCUGUUUAAAGAACCUCAUCGAAAAAUCAAGGAAUUCGCAUUUUACUGAAGAGGCAGACAACACGUGGCUUGACUUCCUGACUAAAGCCAUCGACCACAACCUUGCUAAGAUGUCCUCGGCUUUGGAAGCGCAAAGUUAAUCGCUUGCGUGCCCCGUGCAUUUCGCCAUAACACGGGCGCAACGAGCUGGGGAUGAGCCCUUUUCCAGGCCGUAGCAGCGGGUGGGACACUGAAGACAUCUCCCCCCCCCCAAUAUUUUCAAACAUUAUAAGAAAAUGAACAGUAGUGGCGUGGCUGUACCCCCCAAUUUUUAAUGUCUCUGUAUUGUGAUCCCCCCCAAAUCUUGCACGUGGCCUGCUAUGCUACGGCUCUGUAUUCGUAUACAUACAAUCCGAGCCAAUUGGCCGCAAAUCAAAUUUGAUUCAGAUGAAAUAAAAUGCGAAAAAUACACCAUACCCCUAGACAUAUGCUGAAACACCUUAUGGCAGUUAAAGCUUCACGGCUAGCUAACGAACUGUACAACAAACAAGUACCAGAGAUACCCACACAUUGAUAGGGAGGUCAUAACCAGACUCAUAGCCCUGUCGGUUACACCACGCACAGCUCGCUGAGAUGUAGAGGGAAAAAUAAAGGGUCUUUCACGUUAGCGUCUCUUAGGAGUUGGUGUGUUGCUAUAGUAGUGUAGUGAAGUGAUGUCAUCAUGCAUAGCAUACUAUGACCUAGGUCUACAUAGCCACUAUUGGGCUUGUGUUCUUUUUUGCUCAGUCAAGCUUGUUCAUAUGACAUCUUUUGUGAAAAGAUAUAAUAGAAGUGAACUGAAAUAUGGUGAAAUGUACGCAAACUCAAGAUGGAACAUGAAAACAGUUUUAGAAAAAAACAUUAAAAAACUCAUAGAAACAA